CAACUCCCAUCCGCUGCUGUGAGACUCACCCUCUUCAAGAAACUACGACCCCCAGAAUCCUCAGCGUUAAAGGAACUGUGGAAGGGGAAGUCGCCCUCGUUCCCAGCAUUCCGCGGGCGAGUGUGAAUGCUGAAGUAUGAGGCAAGAUGGCAGCGAACCCGAGCGCAAACAAACCCGUCUUUGAUUGUCCGACGUGGGCAGGAAAGCCACCCCCUGGACUGCAUCUGGAUGUCGUAAAGGGAGACAAGCUUGUAGAGAAGCUGAUCAUCGAUGAGAAGAAGUAUUACCUGUUCGGGAGGAACCCCGACAUUUGCGACUUCACAAUAGAUCACCAGUCGUGCUCCCGGGUGCACGCUGCGCUGGUCUAUCACAAGCACCUCAAGAGAGUCUUCCUCAUUGACCUCAACAGCACGCAUGGCACCUUUCUGGGACACAUUCGCCUGGAGCCCCACAAGCCCCAGCAGGUGCCUAUCGACUCCACCGUGUCCUUCGGGGCCUCCACGCGCGUCUACACCCUGCGGGAGAAGCCGCAGACCCAGCCCAGCUCCGCGUCCGGAGACAGCAAGACCGGGGAGGACGAGGAGCUGAAGGGCCUGCUGGGGCUGCCGGAGGAGGAGACCGAGUUAGAGAACCUGACAGAGUUCAACACUGCGCACAACAAGAGGAUCUCAACCCUGACCAUAGAGGAGGGCAACCUGGACAUUCAGAGACCCAAACGCAAGAGGAGAAGCUCCAGGGUGACAUUCAGCGAUGAGGAGGAGAUCAUCAACCCAGAGGAUGUGGAUCCCUCUGUAGGUCGCUUCAGAAACAUGGUACAGACUGCUGUUGUUCCAAUUAAGAAGAAGAAAAUGGAGGGCCACGGCACGUUGAGCCUGGAGAACACGACAGCCCGGCCAAUGCUGAACUUUUCCUACAGCGGCGGGUUGUACGGAGACCUUCCCCCGACCAGCAACGACUUGGGCGCCCACACUCCUGGGUCCCACGGGGGGAGCACCAUCCUGGGUGGGCUGCCCUUGCCCUUCCCUAACCCGGCCCCCGACGUGGACCUGACCCCCACGGCCACCCAGCCCCCCAUCUCCCUGAACCCCGCCCCGGCCCCGGGCCCUUUCCCCUCCGAGGCCCACAACGAGCCCCGCAAGAAGAAGUAUGCCAAGGAGGCCUGGCCUGGCAAGAAGCCCACCCCUUCGCUGCUCAUUUAGGCCUCCGGGCGAACUGUGUGAGGGAGGGGCACCUCGCUGGGCGCGGCCGUGUGGGACAGCCGCAGUGGGCGCCCGGUUCCCACUGGCUGUGUGAACGCCAGCUGUUCUGCCGAUGGGGUGACAGCUACUUUCCUUCAUUUUCUACCAGCUGCCUCGCCGCUCAUGAUGGACUCUUCAAACCACACACUCUCUUCUCUCUGUAUUUGUUUUUAUUUUGUGCUCAAAAUGACUCACAAUAAAAAGACAUCUCAUGGGUUUUUUUCCCCGCA